GAUUUUGAUUCGAGACUAUAUGCAAUCAGGAUUCAAUUUGCAUUCGAAGACGACGAGCUUAUUAUGUCAUUAUCGGAUUCCAACCCCGAAGCGACGGUAGCAACAACCAGGUACCAUUAUGGGCCUUUCUCUCGAAUGCUCCCUCUUCAUGACAUAAGAUCUUAGACGUGGCAUACAUCAGAGAGCUAAUGGCACAGGAUUUGGUUGAGAAGCAUGGCACCAAUCAUCAGAGGUCUCCGAGUUCAUUAUAUGCGUGGGAAGGUCAUGAUUACUUUGUCUCAUUGGUAGCUUUUAUCCCUAUGGCUGAGGCUGUGUUUCAACCUGCAUAUCUCAGCCCCAGAUAGCAUUACCAGCCUAUUCGAGUCCUUGAGAUAUUUCAUAGGUUCCUGCGACUUCACUUCCCAAGUGCAUUCAUUCUAAAAUAAUCAUUAUGUCUGGAGUUGAGUUUAUCGCUGUCCUUGGAGUUGCUUCCAAUGUCAUAGCAGUUGUGGAUGCUUGCACCAAGAUACAGAAUCGCAUUCAAUCAUAUCGACAAAACACUGCUUUUCGCGAUUUAUCUGUCCAGUUACCUUUACUUGUCUCGGCCAUUGGGUCUUUGAGAUCUCCUCAAUAUCGUGAUCGUCUAGAUUCUUCGACCGAAAAGGCAUUAGUUCGUGUCCUGGAGGGAUGUCUUCGUCAAUUGCAAACUCUGGAGAGUUUGAUUAAAGACUUGACACCUAGUAGCACAGCAUCCAAACUACAGAAGACUUGGAAAGGAAUCAGAAGUUUUGGCAAAGAUACUAAAGUGCGGGAGAUAGUCGGUAUUCUGGCAGAAUAUAAGUCGACUAUCGCAUUGCACCUUUCUACAGUGCAUGUUCACAUCACUACAAAAUCCGGAUCGUCAUUAUCUGAACAAAGAUCGUACUUUGAUGUUCCUCAGUCGAGAGUUUCACAUUUUGUUGGCCGAAAAGAUGUUCUAAAUCGAAUUCAAACAGCAUUAGAAGCUAGCCACAACGACCCUUCGAUUGUCGUUCUUACUGGAGUGGGAGGUCAAGGGAAAACUCAGAUUGCUCUAGAAUUUAUUCACCAGCACAUGAAACUCUAUAAAGGUGUGUUUUGGAUCGAUGCGUCAUCGCAGAAGUCCGCUUCUCGCGGAUUCGAGAGAAUUUUGAAGACAAUCGACAGUUCUGCAGUUCUUGUUGGCGGCGAGGAAAGCAAAUCAGCUGUGAAAAAUAUCUUGGGCGAUUGGAAGGAACCAUGGCUAUUAGUUUUCGAUAAUUACGACGAUCCAAAAUCUUUCAGUGAUUUGCCAUCCUAUUUUCCAAAGGCCACUUCUAAAGAAAACGCCAUCAUCGUGACAAGUCGUCACAUAUCAAGCGGUAGACUUGGCAGUCACCUGAAGUUAGAUGGACUGACCGAGGAAGAAAGUGUACAGUUAUUGACAUCCAGAUGCACUUCAGUCUCAAGUUCUGAGGAUGAUUUAAAUCAGGGAAGAGAUAUAGUAAAAAAAUUAGGAUACCUACCACUUGCUAUUGAUCAAGCAGCAAGUUACAUUUCAAUUCGCCAUCUUCCGCUUCACAUAUUUUCAGACCACUUUCAGCGGCGAAGGGAAUUCAUACUGAGAGAUACUCCGCAGUCUUUGUGGGAGUAUCAAAAACGUAGCUUGACCGAUUCACAAGAAACUUCCGAGCAUUUAUCAGUCCUUACCACUUGGGAGCUGUCUUUCAAUCAGAUUUCAGGCAAUGAUGAGGAGAAGAGGUGGAUUGGCGAAUUUUUGGUCCAAGCUGCAUACUUCAGCCCAAUGAGUAUUAGUGAAUCACUGUUCAAAACUCAUGAUAUCCACAGUGGCAAGUUUCCAGGAUGGAGGUUUCUUUUCUCCACACAGGGCUCUUGGGACUCUUUCAAGUUUCAAGAUGUUAUUGUCGGCCUUGUAAACCUUUCAAUUAUUCAAAACAUGGAGAUCACGAGUGAUGAGGUUCGAUUUUCUUUCCAUCCAUUAGUAAAGGAUUGGUUGCAACUUAGAGAGUCUGUAGAGAGACGUCGGCCGUGUGUUAGCUUCGCGAUCGCAUUAACAGCAUCUGUUAUUCAGGAAACAGACACCGAACUGCUUUCCCUGCAAAAACGACAGGAGCUGCUAUCACAUAUCGACGCCUGUGUUGAGAACAGAUCCUCUUUUUUGACUGACCAGCAGAGUGUUAUAGAAUACGGAGGCGUCGUCGAAGGAUUUCAAACUACUUUUGCUACAUUUUAUGGACAACAUGAUAGAAACGGUGAUGCAGAACGUCUAUUCAUGCAUUCUCUUGACAUACAAAUUUCUCUGUUGGGGACAAACAACAUUGCGACUCUUAGUACUAUGAAUAACCUCGCGGCUAUGUAUCUAGAUUCGAGAAGGUUAGAAGAAGCUUGCACUUUACUUCGACAAACAUUAGAAAUUAAGCAUACCAUGCUUGGUCCGCAACAUCCACGGUCGCUCAACACAGCCAACAAUCUGGCAAAUCUCCUCGUUUUACAAUUACAAUUUGAUUCUGCGACAGAAAUGUACGAAAAAACCUUGGUAGGGUAUCAAAAACUUAACGGUCCCGUCCAUAAGACUGUGAUAGAGUCACUGAAUAAUUUGGGUGAGGUGGCUAUGAAAAGAGGGAACUUCUUGGAAGCGGAAAAAUUAUUCCAAGAAGGACUAAAAAAGUUAGAACUGCUGAGCGGUGGAGGAGAGGAUGGCUUAGCACUAUAUAUUAAGGCAAAUAUAGCUUUAGUCUACAAACUUCAGCAUCGAUACCAAGAAGCAGAACGCUGCUAUCAUGCCAUAAUUCGAAAGCGAAAUGCCCUUCUUGGGCCCAAACACUCCUCCACAUUGCAAUCUAUGUGCGAGCUGGGAGAUGUCUACUUCGCAUUGGGUCAACUCCAGCUUGCCGGCGAAUGGUAUAUUCACGGAUGUGCUAGCAAAGAGCGCGUUAUUACAGGGACAACUUUUUACCGCAACCCCGAAGAAGAAGCCGAGAACUUGCAUUUAGGUUUUGAGCUAUUAGCAACUUCAAACGAUCAAGGAAUACCAAGCAAAUCGCUCGAUACUGAAGUCGCUUCUAUCGAUCGUCGAGGACCUAGCAUUUCAGAUGAGUCUAUCGAGAGGUUGGAACCGAAUAUGCCGAAAGAUCCUGGCAUAUUGGAGUGGCACCACCCGAAGGUGGACAAUUCGAAUCAACUUCAACUUACUAAUGGCAAGUUUGACGAUGUUCGAAUACACAUACUGCAAGGGAAAACUUCUUAUCUCCCAGAUAUAAGAAUGCGACAACCGGACAGGACUCAACUCCUCGCUCCAUUAGAUCGUGGCGGGAUCCCUAUUAUGCAACAGGCGCCAUCGAGUAAAGCUAUCUCCACCUCUAUUAAGCCAUCGAUCCAUACACAAAAGCUCAGAUGGGAUGGGGUUGAAACACCUUCAAACCGCAGUUCGUUCUCAACGCCCGAUGAUCUCGUAUACAAAGCAUCUCCCAAUUCUAUUCCAGCUCAAGAAUCGACUGACCAUCCGAAUUCGAAGGUGGAUCGUACAGGGAGGGCAUUGAGAAACAAGCAACUUGGUAUAGAACGUCAAAGCUCGGUUUUCUCAAUCUUGGGAGCGCAUCCGUCCCCAAUAAGAAAAACAACCCCGGACAUUGACCGAAGAGGAAGGCCGCAAAAUCAAUGCCUUGCCUGAAUUGAAGAAGAGCCUCUCUUAAAUGUAAGUCAAUUCAAUGCAGAGCAUAAAGAUGCAGCUCUAACGAGUCUGCCGUCGAUUACCAGCGCGCAGGCCGAUUUUCAAGGAAACAUCAGUUUUAAUUAGAGACGUCAGAGAUAGAAGUAACAGAUUGGUCAGAUCUUGGGACCUGUCAGGACCUCUCGUAGCUCAUUGGAGAUGCCACCAACAGGCGAAGCUCGAGUCUAAUAUCUCUGCCGGUCUCUAUUUGUCAAAUCCAGCAGUUUUUUUCGGACAGUAUCAGCUACAGCGGAACAAACUUAAAUGCUUUUUCCUGGGGUUAUUCCACGCUGUUUGGAGCAGGAGAAGUGGUUAUGGUAUCAUAAAUACAGACUGAGCUAAGAGUGAUCCAACCAGAAAAGAUUAUUGCUGAGCAAGGAACCAGGUAGCUGUAGCACCUGCCUGUCAUCAAUCCUCCCAUCGGAAGGAUGGGAUUCAUUAUUUAACGAUCAAUAGAAGCUUCUAUGGAAAACAAAUGGCCUUAGGUCGUCUUAUAAUAUGGACACCAGUACUUGUCCAGCGGUUUAAAACCUUUCCCAAAGAGUACCAUGUUUACAAGAAUUUAGACAUAAGUUAUUCCGGAGGUGUAUAUUGAACACGCGCUGCUAGUAGAACCCGAAUUGUCAGUCCAUCCAAAGUCUGAAUUAGCAGAUUUCGCAUGAAAGUUAUUAGCGUUUGAAAACAUCUUCAUUGAUUCAACCAGUCUGGUCGGAAGCCCUUCAUUAUUAGAAUGUAAUGAGAUCAUACGCGUGUGUGCCAAGAGCAAGAAUUUAUCUUGAUGAGCUGUUGGGUUUUUACUUUCUAGUGCCAGCUGAAAACAUCUCACUUUGUCCACCGAAGUUUUUACAAAUCAUUUUGUUA